GACGUCCCUUCACCUCCGGCAGUCAGUGUCACGUUACCCCGGCUGGUCAGGACAGGAGACGGAUACCUCCUCGCUCUCUAUAUUUAGAUGUCUAACCUGUACAAACAAACAAACAAAGCGUUUCCUGUCCCUCGGUGAAAACGGGAAUAAUCGCAGGAACCGAACAGCUCAGAGUUCAGGCCAAACAGUGAUGGCCUCAGUUAAAAAGGACAACAGACUGACCAGCUCUCAAAGCUUCAUGUGCGUCGGUUUCGCUGGGUUUUUCAGUAAAACCGUCACGUCGCCUCUGGAGGUGGUAAAGAUUAAAAGUCAGGUGGGCACUUUUCACUGUAAGAGGGGUUUCUGUCAAAGUUUUCUCCUCAUCUACCAGCAUGAAGGACUUCGGGGGUUUUGGAAAGGAAACCUCGCCUCUUGUCUCCGGUUAUUCCCCUACACCGCAGUCCAUCUUUCAGCGUACAAAAAGAUAGUCCACCUUCACAUGGAUCAAGUGGGCUUCAUCCCUCAGUGGAGAGCCAUAUUUGCUGGUGGACUGGCUGGUGUUGCUGCUGCCCUGGUCACGUACCCACUGGAGGUGGUGGAGACCAGACUCAUCGCUCAGAACUGCAGACAGCCCAUGUACAUCGGUGUCGUUCACACUCUAUCAAAGAUCUACAGGAGUGAAGGGCUUCUCGCUCUCUACAGGGGCUUUUCCCUCACUGUUCUGGGUGCAUUUCCCUUUUCUAUCGGCUGCUGUGCAGUCUACAUGAACUUAGACAAGCUCUGGCAGGAGCCUCCUUUUCGCUUCACUCCCCUCCAGAACUUCAUCAGUGGCUGUCUUGCAGCAGGAGUGUCUCAAGCCCUCUCAUACCCUUUUGAAACUGUAAAAAGGAAGAUGCAGGCGCAGAGUGCACGUCUUCCCCAUUUCGGAGGAGUUGACGUCCAUUUCAAUGGGAUGAUUGACUGUUUCAUACAGGUUGUUAGGAAUAAAGGCGUCCUCUCAUUGUGGAACGGCCUCACCGCCAACACAUUAAAGAUUGUCCCCUGCUUCGGCCUUCUCUAUACCUGCUUCGAGAUGUGUAAGCAGGUUUGCCUUUACCGCAACGGGUACAUUGUCUCACCUCUGAGCUACAAGCUCGCACCGGGGGUCGACCAGAGCCUCGGGCCGUACGAGCUGGAGGAGGUGAAGCGCUACUUGAAAAACAGGAACUUUGGCUCAGGGGAGUCGUCUUUUGGGAACCGUUGGUGAAACUUCACAUGCCAAGAUGUCUCGUGAAAAAUAUUGACUUCUGACCACACUUGAUCAAAAUUAGUUAUCUGUGAUACUUCAGAGGCUCGUGUCUGUAAUAAAUACAUAACAUUUAUUUUCAGGUUUCAUAUCUUCAUUAAAGGUAAAUAACAUACAGUUACAUUAUUGUCCUUUCAGAAACGGUCUACCUCUUUCAAAACACUGGUAUUUUAUCUGACAGUAUUGCUCGUCUAUGAAUUGUUCACUCAUCCAUUAUGUAUUUCCAUGAAUAGUUUUAACCAAAUAUUAUGUGCCUUGUGAGUAUUAAUUAUUUAUUUUGGGGCUUAAUUCAGUUAUUGUCCCAUUUGCAUCCUGUUGUGCCAUAGUUUAUUUGCAUAGGUUACAAACGCUCUUUUAAGCUGUAAAUUAAAAUCAAAAUCUGAGCACUAUGACAGGAUGCUCUUGUUGUUUAACGGGCUGUUUGAGUGAUAAUUAUAUUUUUAAUGUAUAAUGAAUGUAAAUUUUUUAUAAGUGUGAGUAGGUAAUGGACAAUCAUGUACAAGUGCUAACAUGGAUUGUGUUGGAAGAAAUGUGCUUAGACCAUUAAAAUUAUUUUCCUUUUCACAGA